CUGGGCUGGACGCCUCUCUCUCUCUCCUCACCUGAACUCCCAGAUCAAAGGGGGCAGCCUAGCCAAGGCGGGGUGACUUGGUUUCUUCAUCUUCCCGGUGGAAGGAGGCUGGCUGGAGAGAUGGCACAGCCAGUGUAGGAGUGAGUGGGGCUGGAGUAGCUAGCUCUUAGAGAGGAUACAGGAAUGUGAGGAGAACAGAGCCACCCAGGAGAGCUCUCCCCUGGCUCACUGGUUUCUCGAAGCAAGUCCGGGCACUCUAGCAGGGCAGUUAAGAGGUUUCCCAGUGUAACCCCCCAGCCCUGCGUCCUCCUGCUCUAGCUUAACUAGGGAACCAACAGCCUGAGAAGCAGCCCCCACCCCCGGAUCUCUCUCCGAAGGGGAAGCUGCCCUGCUGGCUCUGCAGCCGUCGGGGGGAGAAGGCGCCUGUUGGACGUGCUCCUAACUCCGCUGCUCUAGCCAUGGCCACAGCCAGCGCCAGGAGCCUGUAACGAGCCGCGGCGGAGGCAGCCCAGGUGAUCGGAGUGAAAUCAAGGAAGCUGCAAGUCCAGGAAUUUGCCCCGCCUGGGGGGAGUCCUUCAGCAGCGCCUGCCCUUGUCCCGGCUGGGGAAGGAAGCUGCCCCCCAGCACCAAGCCGAGGGCUGUCGGAGAGAGCCGGGGAUGGCAGGCAGGGUCUCCUGAGGGGGGCGCCUGAAGCGGUGCUGGAUGGUUAGAAGGGGCGCAGACGCCUGCGGAGCGUGGCGCGGUACUCGUGAAUUCCCUGCUAACCCCUGGGUGUGCGGUGCAGGAGGAGCUGUCAACGGAAGUGAAAGAUGAAGCCUCCCGUUCUCUUGGUUCUUGUGAUCUGUACAGUCGUCGGCACAAAUUUGAAGUUGGUAUCAAAGAGAAAUUCCGUUGAUGGUUGCAUUGACUGGUCAGUGGAUCUCAAGACAUACAUGGCUUUGGCAGGUGAACCAGUCCGAGUGAAAUGUGCCCUUUUCUACAGCUAUAUCAGGACUAAUUAUAGCAUGGCCCAAAGCACCGGUCUUAGGCUUAUAUGGUACAAAAACAAAGGAGAUUUAGAAGAGCCCAUUAUAUUUUCAGAAGUUAGGAUGAGCAAGGAUGAAGAUUCAAUAUGGUUUCAUUCAGCUGAGUUGCAAGACAGUGGAUUCUACACGUGUGUUUUAAGAAACUCCACCUAUUGCAUGAAGGUGUCAAUGUCCUUGACAGUGGCUGAGAAUGAAUCUGGGCUUUGCUACAACAGCCAGAUCCGAUAUUUGGAAAAAUCAGAAGUCACGAAAAGAAAGAUAAUCUCGUGCCCCGAUAUUGAGGAUUAUAAAACAUCAGAUCAAGAGCCGGAAGUAGUAUGGUACAAGGAAUGUAAGCCAAAAAUGUGGAGAAGCAUCAUAAUUCAGAAAGGAAAUACUCUUUUAAUACAAGAAGUCCAGGAAGAAGAUGGAGGAAAUUAUACUUGUGAACUAAAGUUUGAAGGCAAGCUAAUAAGAAGAACAACUCAGUUAAAGGUUACAGCUUUGCUCACCGACAAACCUCCAAAACCAUUGUUCCCUGUGGAGAACCAUCCGAGUGUCAUAGAUGUCCAGCUGGGUAACCCACUAAGCAUUGCCUGCAAAGCAUUCUUUGGAUUCAGUGGAGAAUCGGGCCCCGUGAUCUACUGGAUGAGAGGGGAAAAAUUCAUUGAAGAACUAGAAGGUCACAUUAGAGAAGGGGAAAUCAGACUCCUCAAAGAACAUCUUGGAGAAAAAGAAGUGGAAUUAACAUUAACCUUUGAUGCUGUUGGGGAGGCAGACCUGGCUAACUACACCUGCCACGUGGAAAACCGAAAUGGACGUAAGCAUGCAAGUGUCCUUCUGCGUAAAAAAGAUUUGAUCUACAAAAUAGAGCUUGCCGGAGGAUUGGGAGCUAUCCUUCUCCUGCUUAUUUUGCUUGUAACGAUCUAUAAAUGCUACAACAUAGAGUUAAUGCUAUUCUAUAGACAGAAUUUUGGAGGUGAUGAAUCUAUGGAUGACAACAAGGAAUACGACGCCUAUCUCUCUUACACCAAAGUGGAUCCAGAUGCAUUAGACUGUGAUGAUAAUGAAGAGGAACAGUUUGCACUUGAAAUACUGCCAGAUGUUCUGGAAAAACAUUAUGGAUACAAACUCUUCAUUCCAGAUAGGGACCUGAUCCCUAGCGGGACAUACAUUGAAGAUCUCACAAGAUGUGUUGAGCAAAGCAGAAGACUCAUUAUCGUGUUAACUCCAGACUAUGUUCUCAGGAGAGGAUGGAGUAUUUUUGAGAUGGAAAACAGACUCCAUAACAUGCUAGUCAGUGGAGAAAUCAAAGUUAUUUUGAUUGAGUGUACUGACUUAAAAGGCAAAGUGAAUUACCAUGAAGUGGAAUCUUUAAAGCACACCAUCAAACUUCUCUCAGUGGUCAAGUGGAAAGGACCAAAAAGCAGCAAACUGAAUUCUAAGUUUUGGAAGCGCUUAGUCUAUGAAAUGCCAGCGAAGAAAAAAGAGGUUUUAUCUCGGCGCCAAGUCCUGGACUCUGCAGAACAGGGACUUUUUGGAGACCUCCAAACUGUGCCAUCUCUUGCUAUGACAGGCGCUUCUGCCACUUUUGUAGCAUCUCAAGCAGAUUUAGCCAAUUACCAUCAAACAGAUUCCAUGCAAAUGAGACAUUAUUGCAGAGGAUACGAAUAUGACAUGUCAGCGGCAACCAUGCCAAUAGCUUCUAUAAGUAAUCACCACACCUAUUGCAACAUACCCUUGACACUACUAAAUGGACAGCUACCUCUUAAUAAUACGAUGAAGGAUACCCACGAAUUUCACAGGAACAACCCAUUGCUACCUUUAUCAUCCCAGGAACUUAGCUUCACAAGUGAUAUUUGGUAGUGAAGAUAAGAACUCUUUUGAGAUGCUUUCUGAGUACCAUGAAGACAGAUUUUUAAAGAACAUUAAAUCAGUGCCACGGGGUACCGAAUCAGAUUUGAGGCAGAGGCACAUUUACUCAGUUUUGUAUCUGAACUUUUUUGUUUACAUUUCCAAAUUAUUGACAAAGGGGACCUUCUCUUGUAGUUCACUGUGUAACUCAUAUCAUUUAAUGGACAGUUGUGUUGAUUCUUUGAAGGGGGAAAUAUAUCCUUUGAUUUUAACAUAUAUGUUUUACAGUCUGGUAUGGAUGGAAGUUCAAUACUGUAUAUGAUCUCCGACACCCAUCUUUACGUAAUGGGAUUUCAACUAUUUACACAGAAUUUUAAAAAAAGAAAAUAUAAACUUUAGUACAGAUUGCAAAUUCUAAACUUAACAUGCUAUAAAAGAAAAUACGUCUUUGUAGAGCA